AUGGACAGCUUUGACAGCCUCUCUUCUGAUCAAUAUUUGGAACUGUUGGGUAAGAUUGCUGGUCGUUUGCAAAUUACUUCUCCUUCAGAAAACAAACUUCGUAAACUCCGAAGUGGACCAAACAAACAGUGUGGUCGUGAUCUCGUCAACUGUGUCAGUGCUAUGAAAUCUCUCGUAACACAUGAUAUGCUAACGCGUCCAAACCUCAACCCAGAAUCCACUUUGGUGUCAACAAUCUCUCAGGAAACAGAGCCGCUGGUUAAGUCCGACGUCUUGGAUAUGGAGUACAGCAGGUCUGGACUGAGUUCUGAUGCUUCGCAAAAGACCGUGCUCUGA